AGAUAAUAGGCAAAUGAUGAACUUUAGUUAAAUGGAAUAAACCAAAAAAUUUUUUUUUAAAUGGCAUCUGCAAGGUAAGGACUGGCAAUUUUUAGGUAAAAUAUUUCAUUGUCGGGCAAUUUUAUUUUCUUCUUCUUUUUUUUAAAGAAAAGAGUAUAUGCAAAUUAAUAAUAGUCAAGUUAUACAGGCCAUAGCCAUUAUUAUUAUCACCACAACAAUACACAUGAUACCUAAAUAGAACCGAACUAAGAUUGAUUAUAGAUUUGUUUCUUGAAUCUAGCCCAGCGGUGACCAGCCAACGACCUGCGGGUCACUUGCAGCCCGCUGGGACAUUUAACGCGAUCCGCAACUCCUUCUUUGAACUGAAUUAACGUUUUCGCAUCCAACACCAAAACAUAGAAUGUUUAUCUUUACAAAAAAACAACAACAACAAAAAACAACAAAAACAACCUUUGAAAUGUAAUAAUAAUUAACUUUAAUAAUACAUAGUUGUAAAAUAGGUAACUUAAAGGUAACAUUAAGGUAACCGUAUGCAUUAUAAACUAGUUAUCAUGUGUUAUCCGUUAGUCAUUACCCCACUAUUCGUCUUUUAAAUGCAUUUAAAUGGUGCCUCGAAUCAUCAUAAUGACCUAGACAUACGCCACACACACAAAGCAUUUUCACUGUAGCCCUCUACACGAAUAAGUUUGGCCUCCUCUGAUCUUCUUCUUCUAUAUAUAUUAGGGGGUUAAAGAUCAAUUUAUUGAUCAUUCUGGCUCUUAUGCAUGUAGACGGGAUUUGCAAUGUUUCUUUGCCUGUUGUUGGCGAGGCUAUUUCACUGGUUGCAAGGGCCACUUAGUGAGGGUAUCAUGCACUGGGGGUUGGAAGGCCAGAAGCAAUAGACCCAAAUGAUUUAGCCCAGUGGUUCUCAGCCUUCCUAAUGCCGCGACCCUUUAAUACAGUUCCUCAUGUUGUGGCGACCCCCAGCCACAAAAAUUAUUUUCGUUGCUACUUCAUAACUGUAGAGCAUAUGUGUUUUCAGUUGGUCUUUAUUUUUUGUUAAUAACCCCGGUUGGUUACUAUCCUCAAUAUAAAGCUAGUUAUAUAUUUCUACUCACUCAUAUAAAGAAUUAAAAACUACAAUUACAUCACUUAAUAUUAAAAUUACGGUAUAUUCGUUGAUCACACGUCUUAAUCUUGCCAACAAUUUAAGACUGCGUCGAGUCUGAUUUAAUUACACAUAUAUCGAUUCUACUCCUAUUACUUCAAUGUAUUCGACAGACUUCCUCCUUACCCAUCUCCAUGGCCGGCCCACCAGAAACAUUGCAUUUAGAGCUUCGGCUGCCACGUGCUGCACAAUGGCCAGGCUGUUUGCGUAUGACGCGUACAGCCGGCCCACGUCGCAAUACUCGUGCCAGCAGGACUUCAGAUCCUCGGCAUCCUACCACAACGGCAGACCCCCGGCGUGGACGUCCCCGUCAUCCUACAAGCGGUACCCAUCCCAUUAUUACCCAUCCACUUCCCUAGCCGGUGCCAGCCCCGCCUUCAAGUAUUCCAGGGAGUCUCGCCCGUUCUCUCACCACGCCCCCGACCCCGUCUUACCAAAGGACGAACCUCAAAGGCCGUACUCCAGCGAUUACCUGCGUCGCUACUUAGACAUCGUUUCCAGGCCAGUUGCCAGACCAGCUGAGCCGAUACCACCGCAAGGGGGACCUAUGCGUCUGGGUAUCCCAGAGGAUGAUAGUCUUGUCUACGAACUUCAAAGGCGACUGGCCAUUGUUAAGAGCCAGCAAGAAAUCUCCGAGGCGUACUGCCGGAGUGUUGAGGAGUCCAGAGAUAAAGAGCAGCCGUCGGAGCUGACAACGACCGUCAGCAAAUCGUGGAUGCGGGACAACGGGGUUGACGUCAACACGCAGACUUCUGCGCAUACCGACCGGAGGGUCCCGACCCCGCGAGAAAGUUGCAGUUGCGUGCAAGAGAGCAAACCGAGGCGGAGCUGGAUGAUGAUAGAACCAGUCACUUGCAGC